UUUAUUUUUAUAAUAUUCCUUAUGUAUUCAAACGCCCCACAUUGGGCGCUGAGAUGCACCAUUUUUGCAAUUAUAAAAGCUUUCCGGUUUCUUUUCCGGCUGAACGAAACGAAAUUGAUUUAAAUAGCUUGCGGCCAAAGACCGUUUAAAGUAAAACUAAAAAAGUAAAUUAAGUAGAGGCUUUAUAGAAAUCGGAGAGUGAUGAAAAAGCUAUGGUGUUUGCUCUUUUUGAUAGGUUUUUCUAGUCCUCUGCUUGUGUCUGGCUUUGAGGAUGAGGAAUCGAAUUGCUUCGCCCUGCGUGAUGAAAUAUGUCCCAAUGCCAACAUUACCUUCUGGCUCUACACAAAAGCAAAGCCAGAGGGAAUAGAACUCUCACAAUUUAACCUUCCCAAAGAUGAAUUUCUACCGCUCAAGCCACUCAAGGUGAUAAUACAUGGCUUUAAGGGGCACCGCAAUUAUACUCCCAACAUCCAGCUAAGACCUCUCUUCAAUAACCUAGAUAUUAAUGUCAUAUCUCUGGACUAUCAUAAGCUGGCCUAUGAACCCUGCUACUCGGAGGCAGUCAACAAUGCCAAAUUCGUAGGUCGCUGUAUUGCCCAAUUUCUGGAAACUCUGCUGAAAAACAAAUUGGUCAAGAACAAGGACCUUCAUCUGAUCGGUUUUGGUAUUGGUGCCCAUGUGGCAGGGUUCGUUGGUAAUUUUAUUUCCCAGCACAAGCUGGAGCACAUCACUGCCUUGGAUCCGGCCAAACCACUUUUCCUGGUCAAGGAUAGGGCCCAAAAACUCGAUCCCACGGAUGCUAAAUUCGUGGAUGUGGUGCACACGGAUGUUAUGAUGCUGGGUCUUCUGGAGGCUGUUGGCCAUGUGGACUUUUACUUGAACAUGGGUGUCUCGCAGCCCAACUGUGGACCCAUUAAUCUGAUGGAGACCCAUUUCUGUUAUCACAACCGAGCCGCGGAUUAUUAUGCCGAAUCCAUUUCAAAUCCUUCAGGAUUCUAUGGCUUUUACUGUCCAGACUUCAAGAGCUUCGCAACAGGGGUCUGCGUUCCCUCAAAGGAUUUCGAGGUGAUGGGCUUCGAGGUCCAUCCAGAGGCCAGGGGCAGGUACUUUUUGGACACCAAUAGUAUGCCGCCUUAUGCCAUGGGCUAUAACUUAAAAAAUCUCAAUCGCCAACUGAAAGGUCGCACUUUCAUAAACGAUGAUAUGAUAGAUAAAUUUCUUGAAACAAAUGAUGAAGCUUGAGCCCGUAAACUAUUCCAAAAACUUAUUCUUGCGCCCAACCUUAAAAUGCAGGCCAAAUACCUUUGACACACACACUCAGGCUGGGGUGAGUGCGGCCCACCUUUGCAAUCAACAGGAGGAGCACCACCGGCAGCCAUGUCAACAACUCGUUUGGCCAGGUGACAGAUGCCAAGAAAAAGAAAAUGUAGUGUGUGCGGGGUGUGCCUGAAAAUAAAAGUACAGGGAAAGCAUUUUCACGCGCCUUUGCCUUUUCAUUUGAAACGAAACAUAAUGGAAUUUCGUCGGUUGCGAGGGGCGGCGGUAA